AUGGCGGGAACGGGAUUCGGUGGCGCUAUAGCCCCGACGCCACUGGUUAGAUCAUGGAGAGCCGCCUUUUUAACACUGAGAGACGAAACCCUAACGAAUCCUCCUCGCAAUUCCACAGCUCAAUUGCUCCAGAGUCUUAUUUUCUCUCAUUCUCAUACUCUGUUAAGUGCAGCACCCGAACUUUCUUCUCACGAGAUUUUAUCGGACAUUGCGUUUCUGAUGGAAUUGGUUGCUGCUACUUCUUCAGAUGAAGAAGACUGUGUUCAUAUCUAUACUCAAACAUCACGCUUGGUCCAUGAUAUAUGUCGACAAGUUAAGUUUGACAUAAAUAGCUCCUCUUUCGGCAGUGUUCUUGGUUCUUUCGGGAAGAUGCUGGAUAGGUUUCUUGGAAAAGAUGCUACUGGGGAUAAGUUAACUGGAAUUUGCAGAGCCGCAGCAAUUGUUUCUGCCGUUGAAUGCUUGCAUGCUAUUAGAUGUAUCAUUACUCUACCGCAUCGAAGAUGGUUGCAAUCUGAAGAUACUAUACUAGUUAAAUUUCUACUUCAUGUCAUUGUUAGCUCUCAAGAAAGCAGUUCAAGUGAGCUACAAGCAGUAUCUUUUGAGAUGCUCGGCGAAGCAAUCUCAAGAGCUGGGUCAUCUUUCCCAGUUGAUAUCUGGAGAUCAAUGUUUGAGGUGGUCAGAAAAACAAUGGAUGUCAUGGUAUUAAAAACCUCAGUUGUGGAAGAUAAUGCAAUGUCCAGGUUUUAUGAAUCUUUCCUGAGCUGUCUGCAUCUGAUCCUUACUGAUGCUAAAUGUUCAGUAUCUGAGCAUGUGUCAGUUUUUGUUGCUGUGCUGCGAAUGUUCUUAAAUUACGGACUUUCUGGUAGAACCCCAAGUACUUUGCUAGUUGGCCAUACGAAAAAGAAUCUUAAUUAUGGAAGUCCUAAGAAUCUUAAUUAUGGAAGUCCUAAGGUACACAGGGAUCAACUGAACAAGUCAGAUCAUAGUGUAUAUCGGCCACCACACUUGCGCAAAAAGGACUGCUCAAAUGUGAAGCCCAAUAGAACAACGUAUUUUCAAUAUAUCUCUGAUAGUGAAUCUUCUGCUAUCAAUGUUACAUCUUCAGAUUCAGAUUUUAGUGAUGGAGAUGGGUCAGCUAAAGAGAGUAGAGUGCAGUACUCUAGGGUUAGAGUUGCUACUAUAAUUUGUAUGCAGGAUCUUUGUCAAGCUGAUUCUAAAUCUUUCUCCAUGCAAUGGUCGUUGCUUUUGCCAACCAGUGAUGUACUACAACCAAGGAUGCGUGAUGCAACUUUAAUGACUUGCCUGCUAUUUGAUCCUUGUUUGAAGGCACGUAUGGCAUCUGCGUCAACACUAGCGGCCAUGUUGGAUGGUCCAUCUUCCAUUUUUCUGCAAGCAGCAGAGUACAAAGAAUCUAGCAAAGUUGGAUCUUUUACGGCACUUUCAAGCUCCCUUGGGCAAAUUUUACUGGAAAUUCAUAAAGGUAUUCUUUACUUAAUACAGAAUGAAGCUCAUGGUAAAUUGCUGGCAUUGUUGUUCAAAAUUAUCAGGCUUUUGAUAUUACAUACACCAUAUUCGAGAAUGCCACCAAAUUUAUUGCCUACUGUUAUUACUUCUCUUAGGACGAGGAUUGAAGAAGGGUUUCGGUCCAAAAGCGACCGGAAUAAUCUGCUGGAUGCUGCAGUUGGUUGUUUGACAUUAGCUCUGUCUUCCUCACCAUCCUCUGCUCAAGUAAAGAAGUUGCUCUACAAUGAAGUUUCCUCAGGUUAUCUCGAAAAAGAAAAGAAGCCGGGUGUUCUUUCUUUGUUAUUUGAAUAUGCAUCACAAGGAAGUUCCCCAAGCAUUUGCCUUGAAGCCCUUCAGGCACUUAAAGCUGUAUCCCACAAUUACCCUAGCAUAGUGACUACAUGUUGGGGACAAGUUUCUUCAACUGUAUAUAGUUUCCUUAGUAUUGUAUGUCCUGAAGUUCCUUCAAAGCAGUCAAAUGAACAUGCUGGGAGUACAACAUCAUCUAUUAACGAAAAAAUUCUUAUUGCUGCUAUAAAGGUUCUAGACGAGUGUCUUCGUGCUGUGUCUGGAUUUCAAGGAACGGAAGAUCUUUCAGAUGAUAAAGUUGUGGAUGUUCCUUUUACAUCCGACUGCAUUAGGUUGAAGAAGGUAUCAUCUGCUCCAUCUUAUGAACUAGAGUGCAAAGAGGAUGCUGUAGUUAACUCUGAAGAAUGUGAAUCUGGAAUUGAGCAAUGGUGUGAUGCAAUGGAGAAGCAUAUGCCUCUUAUCUUAUGUCACUCCUCUGCAAUGGUGAGAGCUGCGUCAGUUACAUGUUUUGCGGGAAUGACUUCGUCUGUGUUCAUCUCUUUCACAAAGGAGAAGCAGAACUUCAUUUUGUCUUCUUUAGUCCACACUGCUGUUCAUGAUAACGCAUCAUCAGUGAGGUCUGCUGCCUGUCGAGCUAUUGGAGUCAUUUCAUGUUUUCCACAAGUGUGUCAGAGUGCAGAGGUACUUGACAAGUUUAUUCAUGCUAUUGAGAUAAACACUCGAGAUGCCCUAAUCUCUGUUAGGAUAACGGCUUCAUGGGCAUUGGCAAAUAUAUGUGAUGCCAUUCGUCACUGUGUUAGAAUUCUUCACUUUGGACAGAUAGAUUCAAACUCCAACCCCCAGUUUAUUGUAUCAUUGAGCGAAUGUGCUUUGCGUCUUACAGAGGAUGGGGAUAAGGUUAAAUCUAAUGCUGUGAGGGCUCUUGGGUAUAUUUCACAAAUCUUCAAUUGUUCAACGCCAAGAUCUCAAGAUACGUUUGUGCACAACCCUGAGAAUCCAAUGAUGUGUAAACGGCGUUGCCUAUUGGAUUCCCUUGAAGAUUUUCAUAGGCUGGAGAAAAUAGUUCAGGCAUUUAUUUCCUGCAUUACUACUGGGAAUGUUAAGGUUCAAUGGAAUGUUUGUCAUGCUCUAGGAAACCUAUUCUUGAAUGAGACGUUAAGACUGCAGGACAUGAGUUGGGCGCCGGUUGUGUUUGGCAUCCUUCUGCAGCUAUUACAUAAUUCAUCUAAUUAUAAGAUCAGAAUACAAGCUGCUGCAGCAUUGGCUGUGCCUUUGUCGGUGCAAGAUUAUGGUCGAUCCUUCUCAGAUAUUGUGCGAUCCAUAGAGCAUAUAAUGGAGAAUAUAGAUCAGGACUCAACUUCAGGCCCUUCAAAUUUCAAGUAUAGGGUUUCAUUACAAAAACAGCUUACCUUGACCAUGUUACACGUUCUACGCUUCACAUCAAGUACAAAUGAUCAAAUGUUAAAAGAUUUUCUAGUGCAGAAAGCUUCCAUCCUUGAAGAUUGGCUCAAGGAACUUUGCUCAUCUGUUGAGGACACAGUUGAUGUUCAAGAUAAAUCCAUUGCAGACCGAAAGAAAGUAAUGAUAUCCAGCGCAAUACAAUCAUUGAUAGAAGUAUACAAAGAAAAACAACAGUAUGCAAUUGCUCAAAAGUUUGUGGAAUUAAACAACAACAUAUGA